AUGAAUCAACAAGCACAAUAUUAUCAAUAAGAAUAUUAAGCUCAACCGCAACCUCGUAUUAAAAAAGCUAAAAGCUUUGAUGAAGAUGAUAAUGACAACUUAGAAAUUAUCAAACAAGGUUAUGGGAUUCAUGAGGCUUUGAGAAUUGACAUUCUGGAAUUUUAUAAAAGUUGUAGAACAUAACAGGAAUACAAGAAUCCAGCAGAUUUUGUGAAGCACAGGUUAGAUGGCAAGUAUGGACCUUAUUGGUUUGUAUUUAUGUGGGAACAUAAAAAUGGGUUGAAUGCUCAAUACAGUUACUAUAAUAAUGAUGACAAAGUAUUGGAAUUCAAAUCAAAUGGUUGGCAUGUCUUAAUCUAUUCCUUUAACCAAACUUAGCAACCAGCAUAAUUCAAACCAUAACCAAGUGCUCAGACUAUGCCUCAAUAUAAUACGUAGUUCCCACCUCCUUUGUAUGAUUAAAGAUUUGAUGACUACUAAGUGGAUCCCAGAUACCCUUACUCUUAAAUGCAAUAAGGACCAUCUUAAUACAGAUAAGGAGGAUGGUAUUACUGA